CAUGUGACUUCCUUCACAUGAACAAAAACAGCACCACAGUCAAAAAUGUUUUCACAGAACGACGAGGAGAAACGGUGCGUCUAAAAGUUUAUUUUCUUCUUGGAAAGUAACAACUAACACCAGGCACACACUCACACGCAGGCACACCAUGGUUCAAUGACUCCAUUCUUCUUCGCGCCUCCGUGCUCAGCAGGCCGCCAUGGCGCAUCCAAAUGGCAGCUACUCCAUCAACUCCGCGCUGUCAGACGAGUCCGAAGACAAUGAGCCGCUCCUCCAUGAUGUUACAGUGAAAAGGUCCUCUGCUCCUUUCUCAGUUCCUCCACUGUGCUGCUCGGCCCGCUUGAACUUGUCCAUCUUGAUGUUCAUGGGCAUCGCCGUGGUCUACGGGCUGCGCGUCAACCUCAGCGUGGCCAUGGUGGCUAUGGUGAACACCAGCGAGACGAUCCCGGGGCUCAACAGGUCCACGGUGCCCAUGUGUCCACUCCCCAGUCACUCGGACAACACCAGUCAGGCGCUUGAGCAGCCCGAAGGGACGCCGCAGUACCCGUGGGAUGCGGAGACUCAGGGCUGGCUGCUGGGGGCCUUCUUCUUUGGCUACCUGUGCACACAGAUCCCGGGGGGUUACCUGUCGGGACGGUACGGUGGCAGCGUCUUCCUGGGUUUCGGGGUGCUGGGCACAGCCGCCCUCACGCUCCUCACACCUCUUGCGGCCAAGUGGGGACCCUACUGGCUGUUUGCCCUCCGAGCCCUCGAGGGACUGGGCGAGGGCGUGACAUUCCCGGCCUUGAUGUCCAUGUGGGCCCACUGGGCUCCGCCCCUGGAGCGCUCUCGCCUGAUGUCACUGUCGGGCAACGGCGCCAACUUUGGUGCCUUCCUGGCUAUGCCGCUCACGGGAUACAUCUGCCAAGCACUGGGCUGGCCCGCCGUCUUCUACCUCUGUGGGGGUGCCGGUUGCCUCUGGGCUGUCCUUUGGUUCCUCCUCGUGUCGGACGACCCCCGCACCCAUCGGCGAAUCAGCCAAGAGGAAAGAGAUUACAUCAUCGCCUCCAUCGGACAUCAGGGAAGCAGUCACGGCUGGUCCGUGCCCGUGCUGAGCAUGGUGACGUCUGUGCCGCUGUGGGCCAUCAUCAUCACGCAGAUGUGCUCCAACUGGUCCUUCUACACACAGCUCACCUCUCUGCCCACCUACUUGAGCAACAUGCUGCACUUUGACCUGAAGUCGAAUGGCUUCCUUUCGUCUCUGCCCUACCUGGCGGCGUGGCUGUGCGCCACCCUGGCAGGCUUUGUAGCCGACCACCUCAUAGAGAAGAAAGUGUUCAGCGUCACCACCGUACGGAAACUCUUCACGGUCACAGGCAUGUUGUUUCCUGCCGGCUUCCUCCUGGCGGUGGCCUACUCAGGCUGCAGCCACGUGCUCACCAUCGCAUUCUUCACACUCACGUCGGCCACCGGAGGCACCAGCGGGGCGGGGGUCUUCAUGAACCAGAUCGACAUCGCCCCGCGAUACGCAGGGUUUCUCCUGGGAAUCACGAACACAUUCGGGACCAUUCCCGGAGUCAUUGCCCCCAUCGUGACGGGAUAUUUCACCAAGGAUCACACCAUGGAGGGCUGGAGGAAAGUCUUCUGGGUUUCGGCCACCGUCAACGUGUGCGCCGCCGUCUUCUACAUGCUGUUUGGAAGCGGCGAGGUUCAACCCUGGGCCAUCCCAGAGGACGAAGCCAACGUGGACGAGGGGAAGAGGACCAGUUGCUUCCCAUCUCCUCUGUUGCCAUGACAACCGUUCAUACCAGUGACUCAUCUGAGCGUCCGCCAGUCGGCUUCUUGACUCACAUUUUUACCUCGUGCCACGACCCGCCUCUGGGGAUGUGAUGACUAGCCUGAAUUUCCAUAACGUGUGUGUUCACGUCUCAGAAGUUUGCUCCACAUUUUAAAGCCUGUUUUAGGGCCGACUCGAACAUUAAUCAUUGGCACUAGUUUGAAUUUGUUUAAUUCUGAACAUAAUUAUCCUUGGGUUUUUUUUUUUUUUUUAGCGCUACAGGUUAUAGUUUUGAAAUCGUUUUGCUUGUUCUCAUUUUUUAACCUGGCAUUUGAAGAGGGAGGGUGUACACUUUCUAUAUCUAGAGUGCUAGGUAAACUUGCACGUUUUUAAACUGGCAGUGCAGAUGAGCAUUGCCGUUUGCAACAUAAUACAGUAGAUAUCAAAACAUGACAAACCUGUUUCCCCCCUCCUCCCCCACUCACU